AUGUCCAACGUCCAGGAGACCGGAAAGAAGCAGCGUUCGGCCAUUGCCGACGUGGUGUCCCGCGAGUACACCAUCAACCUGCACAAGAGAUGCCACGGCGUUAGCUUCAAGAAGCGUGCUCCUAAGGCCAUCAAGGAGAUCCGUGCUUUCGCCGAGCAGGCUAUGGGCACCAAGGACGUCCGUGUUGACCCCCAGCUCAACAAGAAGGUCUGGGAGGCCGGUAUCAAGGGUGUGCCUUUCCGUCUCCGUGUUCGCAUCUCCCGCAAGCGUAACGAUGAGGAGGGUGCCGAGCACCGUCUGUACUCUCACGUCCAGGCUGUCAACGUCAAGAACCCCAAGGGUCUGCACACCGCGACCGUUGACGAGUAA